AUGUUUUUCAAGUAUUUAAGGGAACCAACGCUGACAGAUCUGAUGCCCAGUCGAGAUGCGUACAAGUAUUUGGAGUACGGCAUGACGGCCUUAGGCUGGAUGCCGCAGGCAGUGAAUGCCAGAUAUCGCUUUCUGUACCGAAUCUGGACAAUAUUUGUGAUCACACUGGCUGGUUAUUUGCCCAUAGGUCUGUCCAUAACCUAUGUGAAGGAGUUUAGCACGUUUACGCCCGGUGAGCUGUUUACCUCGCUGCAAGCGGGCAUCAAUGCGCCGGGCGCCUUCACCCGUGGCAUGAUAUCCUUUCUGAACGUGUGGCGUCUCGCCGAGCUCAAGCAGCUGUUCGAUGAAAUGGACAAGCGUUGCGUCAAGGAUGAGGAGCGGAUUGCGGUGCAUCGCGGUGUGAAACGCUGCAAUUCGCUUUAUCUUUUAUAUCAGUUCACCUACACGAUCUUCGUGACCAUCACCUACUUGACCUCGGUAGUGAGGGGACUGACGCCUUGGCGUUUGUAUAAUUGCUUUGUGGAUUGGCGCGAUGGCACCUCCAGCCUGUUGAUCGCUUCCUUUAUUGAGUAUCUUUUUAUGUCCUCUGGCGUGUACUUCAAUCAAAUGACGGAUGUUUAUCCGCUAAUCUUUGGCUUCUCGUUACGGAUGCAUCUGGAACUGCUGUGCAAACGCAUCGAAAACUUGCGCACGGAUCCCAGCAUGUCCGAGGAACAGAACUAUCUGGAGCUCAGAGGCUGCAUUUCAGAUCAUAAGCUAAUAAUCAAGAUUUGCAAUCUAAUGCGACCCUAUAUAUCGCGCACAACCUUUGUGCAAUUUCUAUUCGUGGGCCUCUUGUUUGGCCUCACGAUGAUCAAUCUGAUGUUCUUUGUGGAUCUCUGGACGGGCAUAGCCUCAGUGGCCUACGUGAUUGCGCUCUUCUUUCAGACGUUUCCCUUUUGUUUCACCUGCAACCUGAUCGAAAGCGACUGCGAGAGCCUAGCCCUAGCCAUAUUUCAAUCGCAUUGGGUCGAUGCAACUCGUCGAUAUAAAUCCGCUUUGAUAUACUUUUUGCAAAAUGUGCAGCAAUCAAUUAGCUUUACCGCCGGCUCCAUAUUUCCCAUCAGUCUGAACACUAACAUUAAAGUGGCUAAGUUGGCAUUUUCGGUGGUGACAUUCGUGAAGCAAAUGAACAUUGCGGACAAACUGAAGGCAGACUAA